CUGCAGUUACAUCAACCAACGAAAUAGAGAGUGGAAUAUUGUUGAGUCUGAGAAGGCUCUUGUGGCUGAAAGUCACAGCAUGAAAAACCAGCAAAUGGACCCCUUUACUAGGCGGCAGUGCAAGCCCACAAUAGUGUCCAAUUCCCGAGAUCCUGCUGUCCAGGCUGCUAUCCUUGCCCAGCUAAAUGCAAAAUAUGGAUCUGGUGUAUUACCAGAUGCUCCAAAGGACAUGAGUAAGGGUCAAGGGAAGGAUAAAGAUGUGAACUCUAAAUCAGCCAGUGACCUCUCAGAAGAUCUUUUCAAAGUACAUGACUUCGAUGUAAAGAUUGAUCUUCAGGUUCCCAGUUCUGAAUCAAAGGCACUGGCUAUCACCUCCAAGGCUCCACCAGCAAAAGAUGGUGCUCCUCGGAGAUCAUUGAAUUUGGAGGACUACAAAAAGAGGCGGGGGCUUAUUUGAGCAUGCCCGCUCUGCUGCUUCUGAUCCUGCAUGCUCCAUGAUGAUGUCCUACCUUUUCUUCUUCCCCUUUCAGUUCUCCCUUCUGGGUUGGAGCAGCAGUGGAGCUGGGAAGAGACUCUUUAAAACUGCCAGUCAUCUGUAACAUAAACCAUUCAACUAUUUACUGUAUAGACCUCCCUUCUUGCCCUUUCUUCCUGCUCCCCUCACAAAUGUGGAUCUGUGCUAUUUGGGGUCUUCCCAUUUCUUUUAGUUUGAGUUCUGUUUUUAUUUUGUUGAUGCAGCUCGUUGGUCCACUCUGUGUUCAGUAUUAGCCUGAGGUGUGGAUUUCCGUAGGGAUCUCUUGGUGGUCGCAGAAUCAGCACUUGGUGAUCUCCCCUUACAUACCACCACAGGCACGGUGAAUAAACAUUGGCGCAAGACCUUUGUGGCUGGAAGGUCACCUGCACUUUCUUCUUCUUCCUCCUCCUUCAUUCUAGCUUUGGAGAAGGGAAUCUUCAAAAACUGGCUUAGGUUCAAAGUGUAAAUUUUUUUGGGAGGGUUGUGUGACUUUUUUUCAGGUGUUUUUUUAUCAUUUUUAAGCUGCAGUACUAUUUGUAUCAGUCUGUCACAGUUCUUUACGGCUGUUUUGAAUUUCUACCAGCUGUACUUGAGCAUCUGAAAUUGCAAGAAAGAAACUCAUUAAAUGUGAUUCUUCUUACUAAAACGGCUUGGCUGAUAUAGCUGUUUAACUUCAUGUUCUCUUCUUUAUUUACGCUUAAUUGAUGAGAGAGGUACACGGCUCUUGAUGUCGGACUUGUCAUCUAUAGCACAUCCGGAGUCUCCAGCUUUACUUAGUGAAAUAGCUCUUUCUGAGAUGUGCCUGGGGUACUCGUUGGUUGGGCUUUAUUUUUUCUCCCAGCCUCCAAUAUCAUGUAUUUAAGUCAUCACGUCUUCAUUGGGGUCUAGCUCACAUUUGUUUCUUGCUUUGUGAACCAUUUAAACUGGGCUUCUAUGAAACAAACAUAAAAGAUUAAGAAGUAAAAUCACUUUCUGUGAAAGGGGAAGGACACAGUAAGGACACAGUAGAAAGGUCAGCAGGUAAUAUGUGAGAGGUAGCUGAUGCAUAUUUUUCUUAUAAGAUCUGGUACAAGUGAAGUGCAACACUAGCACAAGAAUUGUAUGGCUUUAUGGAAUAUUUGACUGGACAAGAUGACAGCUCAAUUAUCACUCAGGUGUUUAAAAAAAAAAAUCUAAGUGUAAAUAAGUGACAUUUAACAAAGAGCUUUUCCAAACAAGAUGCAACUGAAUAUAUGGAGCUAAGAACUAAAUUAAAAGAGAAUUAGAAAUCUAAAACGUUGGAGGCCCUCGUUCAGGUAAUCGUGGAAGCACGUGCUUGUUCCUACCCAGGCCAGUACGUAUAUGCUAAUUUAAGCACUGAACUGGAUAGGAAUGUUUCUGGGGACCCCAAAGAGGGAAAAUGCUAAUGCUCUCUUUGUGUCAGAGCAUUACUAUUUUUCUGAAAUCAUACUCUGGUUAUGUUUAAACCUGUGUGUGAUACUACCUUCUUGUUGGAUUCUUAAUGAAACUUUAAUCUAGUUCUUAUUUAACUUUCUCUUAUUCCUUUUUAAUGGUAGCUUUAAAGAAACAUCAUGUAAUUGUGUGCAGAUUGAUACUAUGAACUGUGUAUAAAAAGAAAAUCAACAUAUGAAGCAGCUAUAAUCUACCAUGUAAAGAAAUAAUUAGGGAUAUUUCAGUACUUAUUUACUGAAUAGUCCAUAAUUCUAGGACAAAUGGAUUAUUCUGUAAAUAUGUAAUCAUAGACUGCUUUAUUUGAUGGCCUUUUCUACAGCUUCUCUGGAGUUGUUGUAGGCUCUCACAUAUAUGUACUUUUAACUUUUUUAAGAGUGGAUUUAUGGAAUCUACCACAAUAACUUCAUAGGAGACAUCGUAAUUCACUGUGUAGAUAUGCAUUUGAUAUGAUUUUGUUUUUUUUCCAACAGCUUCAAUGAUGUUAACGAUUUGUAAUAAAAAGAGAAUCAAAACUUAUUUUGCAGUAGCCAGUUUUCAAAAUAAUCGCUCUCCAAUGCUUUGCAGAAACAUUUGCAAAAUCAAGCAGCUCAAAACUUGAUUUUCCCAUGGCAGUGCCUCAGUGCUCGGGUUCAAUGGAAAGUGAUCUCUGAAGGUCGAGUUAACUCAAAUUCAGUAUUUUUAACGUGCUUGCCUUUGAUUCCUGGGUAUUAGCAAGCUUCUACGCUCGGUGGUAAUGUGAGUAGGCUGUACUGCAGUAAAAAUGUCAAGACCCAUACAGUGUUGCAAGAAACUUCUAGUGGAGAUGACCAAAAUGGGAGAUGCAGUGAGUUUAGAAUGCAGAACUGAAUGAUGGACAGCGUCCUAUUUAUCUGCAACUAUCAAACUGCCACUUACCCUCUUAAAGUCUCUGGAUUCUGCUGAAAUACUGGAUUGUUUUUUUUUUUUGUUUGUUUUUGUUUUGUUUUGUUGUUUUUUUGAGAGAGAGGAAACAGUAAAUUAUCAUGCAAACCUCUUAUAUUGAGAAUACAUCAAGAAAGUACUCUGAAUAGUUACAGAACUGUGUAUGAAAGCUGUAAUCUUUUUUCCUUUAAGUGCAUGUAAAGGUGAGUGACUAUAUCUCCCACUCAUUAGGGAGAGACUUGUUUGCUCUGUUUCAUUGGUGUCCUAGCAUAUAGUUCAUUACAAUUGUACAGACUUCUAUAAAUAAACUUGGUUUGUUGGUUU